AUGGUCCACCACCGCCUCCUCCAUACAAGCCGCCUCCUCCUCCACCGCCGCCGCCGCCUCCUCCGUACAAGCCGCCACCACCUCCACCACCUCCACCUGUUGUAUGCUCCUCCUCCACCGCCACCUCCUCCACCGUACAAGCCACCACCUCCUCCACCGCCUCCGCCAGUGUAUGCUCCUCCUCCACCGCCACCACCUCCUCCGUACAAGCCGCCGCCACCUCCGCCACCUCCACCUGUGUAUGCUCCUCCUCCACCGCCUCCGCCAGUGUAUGCUCCUCCUCCUCCACCACCGCCUCCUCCGUACAAGCCGCCACCACCUCCGCCACCUCCUCCUGUGUAUGCUCCUCCUCCACCUCCACCGCCUCCUCCGUAUAAGCCGCCACCUCCUCCUCCCCCUCCACCAGUGUAUGCUCCUCCUCCACCGCCACCGCCUCCGCCAGUUUAUGCUCCUCCUCCACCACCACCUCCACCAGCGUAUCCUCCUCCACCACCGCCUCCACCGGUUUACAUGCCUGCAAUCAAAUUUUUCAAAACUGUAUGUCCUCCACCAAAGUGUCCACCAGGCUGCACAAUUCAAAGAUUCUACUCAGGUCCUUGCCCCAGCUGUUCGUGUCCAAUCCCUAUUCCAACACAAUGCCCUGCUGUCGGUACCUGCCCCAGCUACUGCACCUUGCAGUUGGAUGAUAAGAAAUGCAAGAUCUGUUCCUGCAACCAUCCCGUCUGUCCACCUCUUGUAUGUAAAAAUCCUUGCUACCUCAAGAAUACUGAUGGACCUUGUUCGAUUUGCACAUGUCCUUUAUCUCCAGCUUACUGA